AUGGCUUCAGCAAGCCUAGACCAACUGGUUAAGGGAUCUCCAGCACCCAACAGUCGCCUUGCAUCUUCUGCGACAUCCUCCUCCGAAUCAUUGGCGCCUGCAUUUCACUCCCAUCCUCCCUCUAGCGAUCCCUCUUCCCCGCCACGGUCGUCAACCCCCGAUCCACUGUCGACCCUCCCCUCUUCCCCACCCCAGAUAUACCUCAAUCUCCUCAUUCUCGAGAGCUCCCUGCGAGCUCAGUACCUCGCUCUUCGGGAACGCCGCCGACAAAAUACGUUUUUCCUUCUCUUGCUUGCCGCCUGGAUCGCCUACUUUGCCUACGCGCUCUUUCUCCGCCCGCGCGAAGAUGGCCGCGGCGUCGGAGGAUCGGUCUACUGGGUGGUCGAAAUGGGAGAAAAGGUCGCCCUGAUGGGCGGCGUGGUCACUGCGCUCCUGGUCUGGGGAACAGGGCAAUGGGAACGUGGAGUUUCGUUGGCCGCGGCGCUGGCUCGCCGUAGCCAACCGCGGCCUCCGCACCAUGAACACCAAGAUCGUGGUCAUCCGAGGUCCCUGGUGGCAGGAGCUUUUCUCCUACCUUUCUUUCCUAUUUCCAUUCUCUGCACCCUUUUUCCCGUCCCCCGUCUGGUACAGGAAGACCUCAGCCCCGGAGGUGACUACAUUCGACUUCUUCUACUGCCGAAGUCAUUCUCGCCCGAGUUCCGCGAGAACUGGGAUGAAUACCGCAGCGAAUUUUGGGAUAAGGAGAAUGAUCGUCGUGCUCAGCUGCGCCAGAAGCUGCGCCAAAGGGAGCGUCAGCUAGUCCAGCAGGAUGGCGGCUGGUUCUGGUGGUUCGGGUUGAGUUGGAAGGCGUCGCAACGCCGACGAGUCGCUGCCGCAACGAUCAGCCGACCCGGCGAUGCUGACAAGGUCCAACAUCGCUCCCAUCACCACCACCAUUCGUCCAGCAUCUCAAAGCUCGCCCUUGAAUCCAAAUCGCCCUUGCGGCGCGGUGGACCACGCUCUGAAUCCCACUCCCGCACGCCGUCACGCAGCACUACCCCCGUAGACACCGACGACCGACCCCCGUCCAGGUCGUCCGUCAGUGGCCGUCCCCGCCGCGGAAGCACAAGUCCAAGCACUGAACAACACAUCCAGCAAUCACGGAAGAAGAAGGCAUCCAAAGCCGCCACUCGUGGUCUGUCUCCUUUGACGCAGGCCCAAAUCCGAGAGGGCGUGCGCACUCCGUCCUUUUCGUCCGACGACUCUUCUUUCAUGGGCACUCCUAGCGAAAAGGAGAAACCCAAGGACGAGAGUGUUGAAUAG